CAAUUAAUGUCAUUUUUAUAUAUAUAAAAUUUUAUAUAUAUAAAAACUAUUUAUUAAAAAAAAAAAUAAAAUAAAAAUAAAAUAAAAAAUAAAAAAUAAUAGCAUUUAAUAAUUAUUUGUUUUUUUAUUAUUUUAUCUUUAUUUUGUACACAUAAUUUUCACCUUUGUCACCUGUAAAUUUUUUUUUGGACAGAGAAACAAAAUUUUUUUUUUUUCGAUUUCAUAGUAAUUUUUUCUUCAAUAUUAAAAAAUAAUUUUUUUUUUAAUUAAUAUUAAUAUUAAUAAUAAACAAUUUAUUUAAUCCAAACAAAUUUAUUAAUUCAAAUAAACAACACCUUUAUAAAUUAAAAAAAAAAAAAAAACAAAAUUUUUUUUAUUUAUUUCUCUUUAUAUAAUAAUUUUUUCCAACAAUAAUAACAAUAAAAUUAUUAAUAACAAUAAUAAAUAAUAAAUAGCUAAAAAAUGUCAAUUUUAACAAGAGAUGGAGUUGCUCCAUUUAUCAAGAGUUUAAUUCAAAUGUUAGACACACCAGAGAACCAACAUCUUAUUAGAUGGGGAAAAACUGGUGAAAGUAUUGUUAUUCCCAACUGUGCUGAGUUUGAAACCAAGCUUUUACCAAAAUAUUUCAAGACAGGAAAGUUCUGUAGUUUUAUUAGACAAUUAAAUAUUUAUGGUUUUCAUAAAGUUGAAGAUGAAAAACCAUCAGUCCACGAAGAACCAAACCAUGAAUCAUCAGAGUCACAAACAGCAAGAACAUUCGAAUUUGCAAAUGACAAUUUCAAAAAGAGUUUUCCAGAUUUAUUAAUUAACAUUAAAAGAAGAAAGAGUGUAAGAAGAUCAUUAACUUUAAAUAACAACAACCCAAAUAAUUAUAGAGCUUUCCCAUCAUCCAGCCUUGAGGACGAUGAUGACGAUCACAGUAGCAGUCAUAACAAUGGUAAUAGUAAUUUUGGUGUUCAUGGCAGCUCAGCUACUACCCCAUCAAUGUCUCCAAUAGAUCAUAAAUUAGAAAUGAAUAAUAAUACCAAUGCUACUGAUCAUGCUAUCCUCCAACAAUUAUUAUACCAAUUCACAAAAUUCCAAGUUGAUUAUAACGAAUUAAAAUAUUCCCACCAAAAUCUUCAAGACUCCCACACCCAACUUCAAUAUGCUUUUCAAACCUUACAACAAUCACAUCAAAAUCUUUUAGAAAGAGUUUUAAAACUUACCAAAGC